AUGGCUACAACAACCCCCAAGACGGGCUCAUGUCUCUGCGGCGCCGUGAAAGUCAAAGUCACAGGACAGCCCGUUUUUGUCAAUCUAUGCCAUUGCAUCAACUGCCAAAAAGCCACGGGCACUCUUUUUAAUUCAUCUGCCACCUAUCAGGCCGAGGACGUUGAAUUUACCUGCACAUCCCCCGAUAUCAUCCAGGAAUUCCAGGUUUCCAAUACUGCGACAGGAAGCCCGCUUUCAAGAUUCUUUUGCCGAGUCUGCGGUUCCAAAGUCAGAAACAAGUCCGGAAUGGGUGGGGAAAAAUAUGUCACGAUUCCCUUUGGCAUUCUUGACGACAAGUCGGGCCUCAAGCCACAGUAUGAGUUCUUUUGUGCAAAUCGCGAGGACUGGUUUGGCGAUUUUGACGGCGUGCCUCGGGCCAAUGGCAUGGAGCCCGUAUUGGCAAUGGCACAGGGCUCUUGA